AUGAGUGACGAUCAACAUACAUUACAAGAGCUCUAGAUGAGCAAUAAAUUUUUACCCUAACAAUUAUUACAGCAAUUACAGCAGAAUCCGAAUUUUUUAGCAUUAUUUUAAUAGUAGCAAUAGCAUUAGAAUAUGCAGUAGCAAUAAUAAAAGCAACAACAAUUACAAUAGCUUAUUAAUUAGCAGAUCAUUGGAUAGUAGUAGUAAUAAUAGCUCGGAAUACCUCUAGCAUAAUUAAAUUAACUUAACUAAUAGCAACUUAUUUAACAAAUUGCUAAGAUAGGAUUAGGCAAUAAUGUGCAGCCUUAAAUUUUACCUAAUGAUAGAAAUUAAAUAUUAAUGUAUUAAUUAUAGCAAAGUUAGUAAAAGCUCAAUCAGUAGUAGCAGUAACCAUAAUUUUAAAACGCUGCAACAAAUCAGCUUUAUCCAAAUUUAAUAUAACAACAAUAAUAAUAAUAAUUGUAUUAGCAACAAGGCGUAAACAAUUCUUUAAAUGCUGCGAACAUUGGUUUCGAUAGGAAUGCCCUGGUAGCAGACUUGCAAUAGCAGUAUGUCGCAUAACAAUAGCAAUUACUUCUACAGUAAAUACAGUAGCAGAAGUAGUAAUAGUAGUAACAAUAACAAGCAUAACAUCAUUAGCUUCAAUCUCCAGACAUUUCAGAUAGUCAAAACAUGAUGUUGCUCGAUUAGCGUUUCCAAUAAAUUCCAUAAUAAAAUAGAUAAGCCAUGCUAAUCAAUGAUCUCUUAAACAACACAAAUAGCGUAUAGAAGUAACCAUUUUAGCAGAUUGCUGCACUUGGGUUGACCUAGAAUUUGAUUCAAUAACAAAAAAUAGUUUUGGAUGACGAAUAAGCAGACGAAGAAUAAUAGUAUUCGUUAAACUAACAAGAUUUAGAACUUCAAUAAAAAUCUAGAAUUUUAAAAAAUUAAUUUUAAUUAGCCAAUCUAGGCAGGGAAAAUUAAGUAAUAAAUUUGGAAGACAAUUCAGAUGUUGUCUAUGAGUCUGGCAUCCAAGCAGCUCAGAAGCAAAAGCUUUAGUAACAAUAAUAGUAAGAAUAUAUUUUACAAUAGCAAAUGUAGCAACAGUAGAACAUUGGAGCUUAAUUCAGCCAAAAUUAGUAUUUAUAAAUGAUAAUACAAAAAAUAAAUGAAGAUCCUUCUAUAUUGUAAAAAAAUCCAACUUUAUAGAAUGUCAUAGCCAAUAUUUUAAGCAGUCAACUAAAAGGAGGAGAUAUGAAUGAUCAAAGAAUGAAGGAACUCUUCAUGGUAUUAGGCCAAAACGGACUCAUCGCAUUAGAUUAAGUUAAAGUUGAAGAUGUUAAUAGCAGAAACUAUAAUAGCGUAAAUUAAACAAAAAAGGUAGGAAACUAAAAUGAUUCUCACUCUGUAAGCAUGAGCGAAAGCCCUACGAAAAAAAGACCAAAAAAAUCAGACGAUUUUAAGUCAACAAUGAUCUAGGAGUAAGAUAUAUAAGUAAUUGAUGACGAUGAUGAUGAGCCCAUACAACCACAAAAGCAAUAAAGUAAUCAAAGUAAUGGAACUUAGAAUAGUAAAAAUAAACCUUAGUAAGAUAGCGUUAAGAGAAAUGAGGAUCUUUUAAUGCAAGUCCUAAACAAUAACACAAAAGGAAAGCAAGAUACAAAGAAAAAUAACAAAGCAUAAAGCGAGCUUGUUAUAAAUGAAGCAAGCAAUGAAGAUUAAAACAAUAAAGAAGGAGAAAAUUUGGAAAUAGAAGAGUAAGAAAAAGAUGAAGCUAAUAAAAAUAAUGAAAUAAUUGAAGAAAAUGAGGAGGAUGAAGAAGGAGACGACGAAGAAGACGAAGAAGAAGAUGAAGGAAAAAACAAGAAAUUAUAAAAAGGAUAAAAAUCUACUGCAAAUAGAAAAAAAGGCAAUAAAAAAGAUAAAAAUGAUGGUUACUUAUCUAAUGAAGAAGAAGAUAAUGAAAAAAGCGAUGCAAAAUCUAAAGCAGGAGAUAAGAAAAAUAAAAAAUCUAGCAAUAAUAACAAUUUGAACAAUAGUAAUUCUAAAAGUGCAAAUAACUCCUCUAAUACAACUUAGUCUAAAUAAAAUCAAAAUCAAGUUGUUCCAAAAGUAUGUAGCAAUAAUUUUUGCAAAAAAGCUCCUAUCAAUCUUCAAAAAGCUAACUCAAAAAGCACUGAAGGUAAAUUUUAUUGGUUCUGUCAAUAAUGCUUUGAGUGCUUUAACAAGGGUUAUCAUUGUGAUUACUGCGAACAAGUUUAUGAAAAUAAUGAAUCAUGUGCUGAUGUCAAAGAGUGGGUUGGAUGCGAGAGCUGUAGCAAAUGGAAUCAUGUUGACUGCGAAGCUGCUUUUAGAAAUGAUGCUAAAAUUAAAAAAAUUUACAAAUCAAAAGACUUUAAAUAUUACUGCUAGAAAUGUGAUUAAAAGAAAAAUAAAAAAUAAAACAAUCCUUCUAAUAACAGUCCCUAAGUAAAUAAUGUUUAGGGAAAUGGUGCUACUGGAAGUAGUACAAAUAUUGGAAGUGUAUAAAAUAUUUAAGUAAAUAGCUCUAACUAAAACUAAAAUAAUUCAACAAACCAAAGCUAGGGUAAAAAGACAAGAAAUAGAUUAAAUAAUUCCAACUAAAUUGGAAGCUAAACAUAAUGGGAUGAGCCUGAGAAUAAGCAAUCUACUAAGAAGGUAACUCCUUCAAAGAGAAGACAAGCAGCUUUAGGAAAUGCUUCGACUUCACAGGUUCCUAGCGAUAAUGAAAAAAUGAGCACUCACACAGGAGAUUUUAAAUAAAAAAAUAAUGACUAAUACAAAGAAUACUAAUAUGAUAUAUCUUAACCUUAUAAAAAGAGAAUAGAAUCCAAGUUUUAACCAAAAGAAUAAUCCCAAGAAAUUCUUCCAAGCAGAAAGAAAUAUACACACCAAUAUCCUCAUCACAAUUUUAAUUACUUUUAAUAUUUCAUUAAUGAACUAGCUUUUGGUGUCAAGCUUAUCUUGAGUGAUGACUUCAUUAAAAGUGAUUUGGAUAAAUUCCGUUGCUGCAUUGACGAAGAAUUCAAGGAGAAGUAUGAAGAAGAGUAAAGAAUUCGUGAACUCAAUCGUAAGAAAAAAGAAGAGGCUGAAUAGGAAAGAAUAAAACUUAGUUAAUAGCGCAAGCUCUAGCAUUAGUAGAAAAUGAAAGAAAGACAAUAGAAUAAUGAAGAAGAAGAUGACGAUAAUGAAGACUAAGAUAGUGAAAACAGAAAUGAUAAUGAUGACGAUGGAGCUGAAGGAGAUGAUAGCAAUGGAGAAGAUGAUGAUGGAAAUAACAAUUAACAAAACAGCUCUAAUAAUCGCAAUCAAAUAACUACUCGUCGUGCCAAUACAAGAAGGGCACAAGCUCUUGCUGAAUAAGAAAAGAAUGGUGAUGAAGACAAAGAUGAUGAAACUCACAAUAGCAACUAAAAGGGUCGUAACAGAAGAAAUGCAGAUGAAAAAAGAAGCAAGUUUGGCUAAAAACAAAAAGCUCCAAGUAACGAAGAUGAAGAAGGAAAAGAUGAAAACGAUAAUAAAUCAGAAAAUAAUAAUGACUGGGAAGGCAGCAAUCAUGGAGAUUAUUAAAAAACAAGAACUCGUAAAAGAGCAAACUUGAACAAAAGAAGCAUGUUCCAUCAGCAACCUUCAACUAAUAACAUUGAUGACGAUUAAAAUACAGAUGUUAAACUUCGUAGUGGAACUUAAAUGGAUAUUGAAGAUGAGCAAGAAGAAAACAAUGAUGAUGAAAAUAAUAAUAAUAAUGAUGAAUUUAAUUCAGAUGAUGAUUAAAAUGAGGACGAUUAAGAUAAGAAAAAUACACGUGGUAAGAGUACAGUCAACUAGAGAAACACAAGAUCAAAGACAGGAAAUCAUCCUCCAGGCUAUAACAACUUUAAUUCUUAUCGCACAAAACUUCGUGUAACCCCAGAAAAAAAUAAAUUGAGAAAUGGCUCAUCUAAUACCAAUAACUCUAACUCGGCCUCAAACUAAAACUAGUCAUCAGCGACUACAACAACAAGAUCAGGUAGAACUGCAGGAAACAAAUAUUGA